AUGGAGUCAGUGAAGACGAGAGCCACAGCGGGGGUGAAGGAAUUUGCGGGGAAGGCCCUGGGUCAAAUGCACAGGGUAAUAGAGAGGAGACAGAAAACCGGGGAGGUGAUCGAGCUGACGGAGGAUGGACGGCCCCGGGAGGCCGCGGAGAAGAAAACCCCGCUGUGCGACUGUAAGUGCUUCGGUCUGCCCCGCCGCUACAUCAUCGCCAUCCUGAGCGGCCUGGGCUUCUGCAUCUCCUUCGGUAUCCGGUGUAACCUGGGCGUGGCCAUAGUGGGCAUGGUCAACAACAGCACCAUGCACCAGAACGGCAAGAUCAUCAUCAAAGAGAAAGCAAAGUUCAACUGGGAUCCAGAAACGGUGGGAAUGAUUCACGGAUCUUUUUUCUGGGGCUACAUCGUGACACAAAUCCCGGGAGGUUAUAUAUCCUCCAGGCUGGCAGCAAACAGGGUAUUUGGAGCAGCUAUUGUUCUGACAUCGAUUCUCAACAUGUUCAUUCCCUCUGCUGCCCGAGUACAUUAUGGGUGUGUCAUCUUUGUCAGGAUAUUACAAGGGCUGGUGGAGGGAGUGACCUACCCGGCCUGUCAUGGCAUCUGGAGUAAGUGGGCUCCUCCACUGGAAAGGAGUCGUUUGGCCACCAUCUCGUUCUGUGGCUCUUAUGCUGGUGCUGUGAUAGCGAUGCCUAUGGCUGGGAUCCUGGUUCAGUACUCAGGCUGGUCCUCAGUGUUUUAUGUCUAUGGAUGUGUUGGCAUCGUCUGGUAUAUGUUUUGGGUCCUUGUGUCUUACGAGAGCCCAGCUGAACAUCCUACCAUCUCUGAUGAGGAACGCUGCUACAUUGAGGAGAGCAUUGGAGAGAGUGCGAAGCUAAUGGGUCCUUCGGAGAAAUUCAAGACCCCCUGGAAGAAGUUCUUCACCUCUAUGCCUGUCUAUGCAAUCAUCGUGGCCAACUUCUGCAGGAGCUGGACAUUUUACCUGCUGCUGAUUAGCCAGCCUGCAUACUUUGAGGAAGUGUUUGGCUUUGAGAUAAGUAAGGUGGGCAUGCUGUCUGCCCUGCCCCAUUUGGUGAUGACCAUCAUUGUGCCCAUCGGUGGCCAGCUGGCCGACUACCUACGCAGCAGGAACAUCAUGACAACCACCACUGUCAGGAAAAUCAUGAACUGUGGAGGAUUUGGCAUGGAAGCCACAUUGCUGCUGGUGGUAGGAUAUUCCCACAGCAAAGGGGUGGCAAUUUCUUUCCUGGUGCUGGCAGUGGGCUUCAGUGGAUUUGCUAUAUCAGGCUUUAAUGUCAAUCACCUGGACAUCGCUCCACGCUAUGCCAGUAUCUUAAUGGGCAUCUCUAACGGUGUGGGUACUCUGUCUGGGAUGGUGUGCCCACUGAUUGUUGGUACGAUGACAAAGAACAAGACUCGAGAGGAGUGGCAGUAUGUGUUCCUGAUUGCCUCCAUGGUGCAUUAUGGGGGUGUGAUCUUCUAUGGGAUCUUUGCGUCGGGAGAAAAGCAGCCGUGGGCCGACCCGGAACUGACCAGCGAGGAGAAGUGUGGCUUCAUAGAAGAGGACGAGCUGGCAGAAGAGACGGGCGACAUCACUCAAAGUUAUGGUGCCUUUGGAGGUCCGGCUAAGUCGUACGGUGCAACCACACAGGUGAAUGGAGGCUGGGCUACAGGCUGGGAGAAGACGGAGGAGUACGUCCAGGAAGAAGCACAGGGCGGAGGCUACGGAUACAGGCAGGAUGAGGGAUACUCCUAGACCAAACAUACAUUCACCGACACGAGUAGAC